CCAUUUUACUUGCAUCGAUGCAAGAUAUAGCGCGCUAUAUUUUGUCCUCUCUCGCUCGAAUCUACGCCUGUUCCGAUUUCGAAAUAAUCCUCUCUUUCUCUUUCGCCGCACUUGAACGAUUCCUCUCUCACGCUCUACCUCUCUCUCUCUAUCUCUCUCUUUUAAAUCUCGCGCGUCCGUCUUCGUCGCACGCGCGCGCCCCCUCCCGGCGCGCUCCCCUACUCCGUACUCCAAACCGGCGCUCGCUUCAGUCUACUCUGAGUCGCCGCGCGCAGUGGUCGGAAGUUUCUUCGCCGGUUUCGAAUCGUGCUACGUCGCCCGUUUGUGCAUUUUUAUCUCUAUACGCGAUACGGGACCCGCGUGCGAUAAAGAGACGCGAUUCUCGGCCUUGGAAAUUCGUGUGAGAAACGAUCGCGACGAAACGAACGACGAUGAUGACGGAUCCGCGGGGGUGAUGAUCUGGCAUCGCGUUCCGCGCGAGUGCAUUGCUCUCGAUCCGGCGAAGAAACGAGAAUCGGCAGUGACGAGUGUCGCGCGUUCGAUCGUUCUUGUACAUCGUUGUUGAUUGUGACUGUUUUCCUCGGCGCCGCCUCUGUCAUUACAUCGCAUUACUGCGCAUUACAGCCCUGCCACGUAUACACGGAUACGCGGGAUCGUCAGGAUCAUCAUCAACGGACAGGACGGAGUCGCCGGACAUGGACUUCGUAAUAUUGAAGGUGAACGGACAAGACGUUUCCAAUUCUAGUCACGAGGAUGCUGUACGUUGCUUUCAAUCGGCUCAGGAGCCAAUUAUCGUCGAAGUUCUUCGACGACAACCUGGCAAGCAUCAACAGGUUCCUCACACACCCUCCAAGGAACACGAAAGGAUCACAUGUCAGGAUAAGAAUGAGGGAACGACGAACGGGAAGGGUCCGAUAGACGAGCGUCCGUGCACCGACGAUGUCAAAAAGGACACGGCGUGUCCUUUGGUGUCGACUGCGGUCCAAACGGACUGGGCUGGUCUUAUGGAGGAGGAGGAAGAGUUGUUGCCGGUUCCCCUCGUGGUCGAGGAACAAGCGAAUGAUAGUUUCGAGGACUUUCUCGCUCAUGACAUCGACUUUGAGGAGGUGACGUUGCGGAAAAGCGGAAGUGCCGAGAAGCUCGGACUGACCGUGUGCUAUAGCUCCGGUUCCGGUAGCGAGGACGCUGACACAGAGGUUUAUAUCUCGGAAAUAGUUCCUGAAAGUCUUGCAGCCCGGGACGGUCGGUUGCGAGAAGGAGAUCAAAUCUUGCGGGUCAACGGCAGGGACGUCGCGAAUAAGGAGCAAACCGAGAACUUGUUCGCGGAGACAAAAACUGCAGUGACAAUUCUCGUCAGCCGAUGUGUAUAUCAAGACGACGAAUACGAUGACAGGCGCAUCUAUCACCAAGGAUCGCCGCCGCUUUCACCUGAGAAUCUACCAGCGUAUCAGAACAGCAUGAUCGAGCAGCUGAUCCGUCAACAACAGCAGCAAACGGAGGAACGUACCAAAGAAACCGAAAUAAACAACUGCACCUUAAAAGCGGCUCCACCUAUACCUUCUCACACACAGCAACAGCAGCAACAGCAACAGCAACAGCCCAUCUUCUCCACAAACUCCUCGUCCACAUGUUCGUCACAAAAUUCACAAAACUCGCAAAAGUCAAGCGGCAAGAAUGCGACUUCGCCGGCGCAUCAUACGGAGGAACGUAGCAAGCAAUGGAUGCAGGACUCGUUGAAGGAUUGCUCCAAGAGGCUCGAGGGUAUCUCACUACGCAGCCAACAACCUGGACCGCCACCGCCGCCGCCAACAGUGUCGGCACCGCCGACAGUGAAGCUCGUCGAAGCUUACUCGAGCCAUGUCUGGAGCGACACAGAACACAUCUAUGAGACGAUACCAGAGUCGGACAGCGAGCCAAUUUACUCAUCGCCAUACGAACAUCACCAGCAUUGGACGCAGCAGUCGAACCACGUGACGACACAAUUGCAGCACAGCAGUGGCGCGACACAGAAUCACCUGUCUGCCAGCGGUCAGCAGAAUCAAAAGUGGUCCUCUUCAAAGAGCAAUAGUUCCGGCGAGGAGAAGGACAGCUCGAGCGCGUACAACACUGGCGAAUCCUGUCAUAGCAAUCCUCUGACUUUGGAGCUUCAGCAGGGCGAGAGAGAUCAUCACAAGAGUACGUUGGUGUUGUGUCCACCGCCGAAGACACCGCAGCAGCAACAGAAGCUGGGCUGCAAUUGUCCCAUGCCGGUGACGCCGACCGCGACAACCGCAACGAUCAGGCAAUCGUCGAAGAAUCAGAGUGUGAGAAAGAGCUCGUCAUCGUCCUCGCAUCAUCACAAAGAUCGUAACGAACUGUCGAUGAACGCCAACACGCUGCCAGCCGAUACCAUGUAUACGAACGUGGCAAAUCUGCAACAGACAAUGAUGUUGCAGCAGCAGCUGUUCAAGCAGGCGCUCAAUCGAAAGAACUCUACGACGUCUAAGGAGAUAUCAGCGGGUGGUGCGAGAAAGUCCAAGUCGCACGGCAACUUCCAAGCGCCGAAUCUCACGCAGUACCAAUUUGUCGGCAGUCAGCAGGUGUGCACGUCCACAUGGACACCGCCGGAGGACAAAGGCGAGGUGCAGAUGGAGUGGAAAGUGAAGAGAAGAGCGGAUGGGACGAGGUACAUCGCCAGAAGACCUGUGAGAAAUCGGAUACUACGGAAUAGGGCGAUCAAGAUAUGCGAGGAGAGGGCUGGUCACACCACGGAGGACGAUGCCAUGUCGGAGAUGAAGGUGAGCGUCGCUACGAUUGAUACGGAUCAGGUCGGACGAUAUUGGAGCAAGGAGGAGCGCAAACGACAGCUGGAACGUGCGCGCGAACGCAAGCAACGUCAGCAGGAACUGAUGCUGCAACAGCAACAGCAACAAAUGCAACAAACCAACGAUCUACUGAUAUGCGAACAUACAGAGGACAAAGGGUCGAAGAAGCCGUUAAGCAUCGUGGAGCUCAGUCACAAGAAAAUGGCGCGUAAAAAGAAUACCCUGGACGACUUCACCACCGUGCAAGAAAUGUUGGUUCACGGAAACAGGGUGGGAGCAAGCGGUCCCGGGACGGGGGGAAAAUUAAUGGGUCUACUGUCGGUUACCACGGUAUAAGCAAACUCGCUCUGUCUUUAGUUCGUUCCAAGUCAAUCGUUGGUCGCGCAGAAACAUAGUAACGCGCAAAGAUAUAUUUUUAAUGACUUUUAUAUAGUACGAUGAAAAUUGAUAACUGAAAUAUUUUACCGCAUAUAACACUUAUCCCGAAUUAUCUACGUGAUACUACUUAUGCGUCUAUUUUAUAUAAUUCGCGUGAAUAUAAUUGCUCGCAUCACGCGGAGGUAAUGUCAAAAAUAUAGACAUUUGUUGGAAUAAUCCAUACGAGAUUAUUUGCGCUCGAUACACAAACACAUUUAUUCAAGCGUACAAACUUCAUUGGACGAUUCGCGUUGUGCAGUUUUUGUAAUAUAUAUGCUAGCAAAUAUAUAUGCAUGUUACGUCUUGAUUCUUCAAUGCGAAUAGAAAAUAAUUUAACGUUGAUUAUAUAAAAACAAUGAAGAUAUUUAUUUUCAAUUUUCUGCUGGAUAUGCAGAGCAUACGAGGCGUUCAAUAAUUUUUGUGAUUUUUAUAGAAAAAAUAAAAUGCGCGCAAAGAAAGGACACGUUAAAAAGUAUUGUAAUAAAACGGAGAAACUUAAAUUUAUGUCGCAAAAAUUUAUGUAGACAUGUGUGGAGUUUAUACAGCAUGUUCGCUCUAAUUAAUCUUGUAAAUACUUACGACGUAAACAUGUAGAUUAUUUUAUACACAUGACAAAAAUAUUCAACAGAGCAGAGACAUCGGUAAUUAUAGAUUUGUAGAUAUGUAUGAUAAGCGACAUAUUAACGUAAUACGUAUCAAUAUUAUCAUUUUGCUUUAUACGUUGAUAUAGAAAUCUCUCACGGCAGGGCAAUGUAUAUCCGGAGGACCAUCGCCUUAACGUCGAUUCCAUUGUUGUUGUCUUAUUUUCAUGGACAUCGAAUGGUAUGUUUAAAAAAAAAAAACGAUAUAUAUGACGGCAACAGAGCGUUACCUUUUCGUCUGUUUACAGAUUAUAGCAUGUAAACGCUGUUUUGCGUAAUUUUUACAUGAUUUUUGUAAAGCAUCUAGAGAAUGAACGAAAUAUGUGAAAGAUACGUAAGAUCGAAAUCUGGGAUAUCUCGUAUAAAUGUAAAGCUGUGUUUUAUUCUUGUGUAUACACCGAACCGUGCGAUUAUUAUUUUUGUAUUUCCUCCCCCACUCCCCCCUCUGCAGAAAAUCAAAUACUAGAAUCCCAUACUGCCAAUGUCCAUACUGCCCUGUGACUCUAUAUAUGUAUUCUAAAAUAUGUAUGUGUAUAUACAUGCAUAUGUGGAGAAAGAGAAUAAUUUAAUGGGUGUGAAUCAAAUGCUUCGAUAAAAUCAUUAUCGCGUACUUUCUGACGAGAAUUCGCUGCAUAAUAUUUGCGAUACGCGCAUCAGGAAAAUGAUAUGAUUAGAUACUAUUAAAACAUAAUAUUGUAGAAAAAGUAUGCUGUAUGAUCUAGGUUACAUAUAAACGAUUGCGCGUAUGUAUGCUGUCUUUUGUAUGUAGAUGCGAUGUUAAUGAUUCUAAGAAUAUGUGUAAUGUAAAUAAAACCCAAAUAUAAAAUAUAGUAUUAAUAUAUGCA